ACCACCGGGUCCUUAUAUAUAAGCUGUGUAAGUGACAUGGUCACGAGAGAAGCUUCACGGCGCUCACCACUGAGAAAAAGUCGAGCUUUGGAGUGAAAGCUGCAGGCAGCAUGAAGGAGUUGAUAUUUUGUGUGAUCUUGAUUGCUACUGGAGCUUUGGCUCAGAAAGAAGAAAUUCAGCUCGAGAAAAUUGAAAUUCCUCCUUGUCCCAGGCUUUGUUACACUCGGUGGUUUGACCGUGACAACCCCAGUGGGUUUGGAGAUUACGAAACUCUCAUCAACCUGAGAGCGGAGAACCCGGGGAAGAUCUGCGAUUAUCCUUACUCCAUUCAGGUUCAGACGCUCUCUGGACAAGACGCUUCAACCACUGGACAAGUGUUUGCAUACUCUGACACAGUGAAUGGUUUUGCCUGUGUGAAUGCUCAGCAACCAAAGGGCAAAAGGUGUUUGGACUACAAGGUGCGCUUCGUAUGCCCAUGUCCAAAGUUGGAACUUGCAGAAGACACUCUCAUCCAGGAAACUGAAAGGAAGCCUCAUGGGCCUUCAGGGUGUGUCGACUGGAAAGACAUGAGAUUCUGUUUUGGAGUGAAGACUGCAGGCAGCAUGAAGGAGUUGAUCUUUGGUGUGUUCUUGGUUACAAUGGGAGUCUUCUCUCAAAGUUGGGCGAUUCCACCUCCAGGUCUUCCAGUGAAACUUUGUUACACUCAGUGGUUUGACCGUGACAAUCCUAGUGGAUUAGGAGAUUAUGAAACACUCGACCAGCUGAGGGCGGAAUAUCCAGGGACAAUCUGUCCCAAGCCUUUAACCAUUGAAGCUCGGACUGUCUCUGGUACUCCAGCCUCAAGCACUGGACAAGUGUUUCAAUACUACGACACGGUGUAUGGCUUCGCCUGUGUGAAUUCUCAGCAGAGGAGGAGAAGCUGUCUGGAUUAUGAGGUGCGUUUUGGAUGCCGGUGUCCUUGGCCCCGAGGUUCGCUGGUCAACCUGUGACUCGAGUGAACGUGUUGCCCUUUGUUUCUUCAGGCAUCUUAUUGUAACAUUGCUAAUUCCUAUCGCUUCAUGUGUCUCUUAACUCAAAUGUGUAUUAGGAAUAUGUACAGAAUGAAAACUCUUUUGAAGAGUAAUCACAUGAGCAAUUUGUAUGCCCUGUAAUGAGAAACUGAAUGAAUAAAAAAAAAAUGUUCA